AUGCGCAGCAGGCGCCGCCUCGCGCGAGCGAUCGGAUCACGCUGGCACGCUGCUUCCUUCGUGCCCGCCUCAGCAGUAUGGCCCGCUCGAUUCCGGUUGUGCUCGUUGUCACCACGUUGUUCGCGCGGCAGGCUCACCGUACACCCGCAGGCACGACGCACGGCGAAUAAUCCACCGGCAGCCAUGGACGAGGAAUGGGAUGUGGACAACGUCGAGGGGAAAUUCGACCUCGCGAUGAGAUCGAACAAGUGGGAGGGCGAGGACGAGGAGGAGGAAGUCAAGGACAGCUGGGAAGAUGUGGAGGAGGAGAAGAAGGAUGUAGAGAAACCAGCGGAAGCUCCAAAGGCGAAGGCGAAACCUAAAAAAGCCCUGGCUGAAAGAAUCGAGGAACGCGAGAAGAAGGCAAGGGAGGAGGCUGAGCAGAAAGCGAAAGAAAAGGAGGAAGCCCUUACACCGGAAGAAAGGCGAACCGAAUUGUUGAGGCGUCAGAGGUUGCAAGAGGAGGCGGACCUACGAUUGGCGAUGGAAACUUUCGGUGUGCCAGAACGAUCAGAAUCGUCAAACGAAUCGCUCGAUGCUAUGGUACCCGAUACGAAAGAGGAAUUCGAGCAAUUUGGUGCGGCGCUAUCGCAAAAAAUUAAUCAAUUUAACAAACACGCGGAGUUCCCACCCUUUGCAGAAGAACUUAUAAAAUCCAUCGCUCUUAAUUUAUCGUCCCAUUACUUGAAAAAAGUGAAAAAUAUAGUCGAUAACUUACUUAUCGAGAAGCAGAAGAUGGAGAAGGGCGACAAGGCGAAAAAGAGCAAGGGGAAGGGAAAGGCCAAGCUCAAAAUCGAGGGUGACAACACCCUGUUGAGCGAAUACGGUGAUUAUGUAUAUGACGAGUUUAACGAUUUUAUGUAGCGACUUUUCACACAUUCACACAUUCUAGUCGCCUAAAUACACGCAGAAGAAAUAUUGAUUUGCAGAAUUUAUACAGAAACUUUAUAUUUGUAUUGUCUGCAUAUUGAAUUGUAAACAAAAUGUACAACGGUUUAAUCUUAUGAUUCAUGGAUAUCACACGUGACAGGAUGAGAAACAAGGGGGAAAAAAAUAGAAGUGAAAGCUAGCAUAAUAUUAUCGGCGGAAAUGCUUAAGGAAGAAAAUACGAACACUUUCCGACAACCGCGCGGUUGGGUGUCGCAUUCACGCGCGGAAUAGACGUUCUCACUGUUGAUUUUCGUCGGAUUUUUAUCCGCGCACGUCGUUCGGACAGAUCUUCAAUUUUGAUGUUGUCAGUAACGAUUUUAGCUAAAAAAAAAAAAAAAAAGAGGAAGGGUAGUUGCGCGAUGUACGCGCGAUUCUAACUUAUUGAUUGUGCAUACACACACAUUAACAUCGGGACAGCGAAGGAUUAGAGCUACAUUUAACGUCUUUGAGUUGUAACGCAUCUUAAUCUGUUAUAUAAAAAAAAAAGGCAGGAACUCUUUCCCAUCUUUAUAUAGCUGCGUCACCGCAGACUAAAAUCGUGUAAUUAUAUUGUGGAAGUUUUAUAUAACACAGCUUAUAUAUUCAUAAUGCAUACACACACAAAAAACACUCACACACAUAGACUACGUACUUUUAUUGAAAGAUCGAUUAGAAGUUGGUUUUGAAAAGAGUAUAUUCCUAAAUAAAGGUUGAUUAUAAAUUAUCCGUCUCUACAAUUUUUGCUUAUAGUUUAUAUAAUUGAUUGUACAUUUUACUGCAGAAAAGAGAAAGAGAGGGAGGGAGAAAGUAUCUUUUGUAUUUUGUUUCAACUGUGCGUUUCUCCAUUUGUAAAUGGUGUUACACAUCUUUCGGCUGUUGAUAAAAAAUUGUUUACAUCGCUCACAAUCAGCCUAGAGAAGUUAACGCAUGUGCGUUGCUAAACGCGCGCAGGAACGGGCGAUAUAUUGUAAAAUCGGGGCGGGGAUAGUCGCGAAAAUAAUGUUCAUAUAACUCAUGUAAACGACGCAGCAUUAAAUAUCUCGAUCGUCAGGAAGAUUAUUUUGCAGGCCGGGUGAGAGCCGAGAGGCUCUCGCGGACAAUUCCUGAGAUCGCCCUCAGAUAUUUACCGCUGCGCGGUGAAAUUGAUAUUGGUUUUAAUAAACAUCAUUCAUU